AUGGCAAACGUCGUUGAAGAUCGCCUUCUUGGAGGAAUGGGCGUCACCCUUCAAGUGACCUUUUAUAUCGACCCUACUCGUGGGAACAAAAUGAGCAUGAAUAAUGAAAAAGAAAACCAAAACAAGCCAAAGAUGACACAACAAGUACUCCAAAAAAGCAUGUUUGCACGUGUAAGGAGCCCCUCACUUGGAACUCUACUAAUUGAAACACCAAAUCAAACAAUUCCAAAAGAUAAAGUGCAAGAGGAAUCGAAUACAUCUGAUACGAAUGAUGCACAAGCUAAAACAAAUCAACCAUGGCAAAACGAUCAGGUGCCUAUGAAAAGGAAAGCGGAAUCUAGUCCUGAACGGACAAAGAAUAAUACUAAAGUAAAUAAGACAACAUAUGCAGUAACAACAGAAAACAGAUUCCAAAUCUUAGAGUCAGCAACACACGACGAACCCAGUCAACAACCUAAGGAGCCUAAACCGCCAAAGCCAGAACCCAUAUUUGUCACGGGAGUUAUAGACAUAACGACAUUAAAGAAAAUCCUCUCCUCAAUUGUAAAUACCGACAAAUAUACUAUGACAACUCUGAGGUCAGGACACAUAGUUAAAAUAAUGCCUGGUGACGUAGACACGUAUAAAAACAUAAGAGCUAACUUUAUAGAAAAUAACGUUAGUCAUUACACAUACAAACUUAAAAGCGAAAGAGCCUACAGAGUAGUAUUACGUGGUCUUCACUCAUCAGAAGACACAGAACUAAUUAAAAAAGAGCUCUUCGAACUUGGGCAUGAAGUACGGCACAUCACAAAUGUACAACACAAAAACACAAAACAACCGCUACCCUUAUUCUAUGUAGACCUUGAGCCUAAACACAACAACAAAGAAAUUUUUAAAAUCAACAGAGUGAAUUACGUAAAAGUCUCAUUUGAAGCACCAUACAAAAAGCUAGACAUUUUGCAAUGUAAAAGAUGUCAAAGAUUUGGACAUGCAAAAAACCAGUGCAACAGACCAUUCAGAUGUGUAAAAUGCGGAGAAGAACACUCAACAACAAGCUGUUUAAAAAGACCGGACACCGAGGCAACUUGUGCCAACUGCCAAGAAAAACAUCCAGCAAGUUACAAAGGCUGCAUAAAGUACAAACAAUACAAAGACUUACUUUCGAAAAACAAGACAGGAAAGGGCAAAGAAAGAAAUGGGAACACAAACAACAUAACGCAAAAUCAAUACCGCAAAAACCCGACACAAACUGUACAAGAAAACCACCAAACUAAGAACUACAAUCUCUUCAAUCACUCGAAACCAAAUAUCACAUAUGCACAAGUGACAAAACAAGAAAACACAGCGGGAUUAAUAACCGAUAUCAAGAACCCAAAUAAUUUCGGGGAAGUUCUAGACGCCAUGUUCAACAAAUUUCAAAACAUAAUAAAUAUUAUGUUAGACAACAUGAUGGAUCAACGUCGCCAGGAACUUGAACUCUUCUUGAAACUUGAAAGAGUGGACGUGGCUUUAAUCUCAGAAACAAGAUUCACACCAAAAACUCAUUUCCAACUUAAAAAUUACAUGGUGUAUACUACAAACCACCCUUCUGGUAAUUCACAUGGAGGAACCGCAAUCAUAAUAAAAGAAAACAUCAAACAUUAUCUUUCUGGGGAAACCAAAACCGAAAAGAUACAAGCAACUUCAGUCAGGAUUCAGGAUAAUAAAACAGAAACAACAGUGUCUGCAAUUUACUGCCCACCUAGGCAUGUCAUUACAAGAGAUGAGUUCAAGACCUACUUCAACACACUAGGGAACAGAUUUAUUUGCGGUGGCGAUUGGAACGCAAAACACGCUUUCUGGGGCUCGAGACUAACCUCGCCACGGGGACGACAACUUUAUGUGGCUACGAUCGACCUCAACCUUCAUUGCGCUUCGCAUGGUGUUCCUACAUACUGGCCUACGGACCCACAAAAGGUACCAGACCUAUUGGACUUUUUCAUAACCAAAAAUAUCCCGCUCAGACAAAUGAACGUAGAAGAAUGUACUGACCUGUCGUCAGACCAUACACCAGUAAUUGUCAACGUUCACUGCAAGGCUAUUAUAGUUGAGUAUCAACAAAGACUGUAUAACCGGACAACAGACUGGGACAGAUACAGAACUAAAAUCUCAGAAUCCAUUAACUUGAACUUGCCACUUAAUAAUGUAGAUAGAGUUGAAACAGCUAUCGAAACUCUCAGUAAGCUUAUUCACUUAGCGGCGAAAGAAUCUACGUCUUAUCUAAGACCGAAAACAACACAAAUUGCUCACUACCCCAAACUAAUAAAGGACAAAGUAAAUGAAAGAAGGCUGCUGCGGAAAAAAUGGCACUCUACGAAAUAUCCCUGUGACAAAAAAGCUUUCAACAGGGCUUCUGAGGAACUUAAGCACAUGAUCUGUCAAGCAGAAAACGAGCGUUUACAAAAACAAUUAACUGACCUUACUCCUUCUAUAGACACCAACUACUCUCUAUGGAAGAUAACAAAAAGGCUAAAACGACCGAAGGAACACAUACCACCCAUAAAAGCUCCUGAUGGCAAGUGGGCAAAAACAGAACUUGAAAAGGCCCAAGUAUACGCGGAAUACCUAAAAACUAUCUUCAGACCCUUACCAAGCAAGGAUCCUGAACACGUCAAGGAAGUCACCGAAUAUCUGGACGCACCUUUGCAAAUGAGUCUACCACUAAAAAGUGCUAGCCCCAACGAACUACGGAAAGAAAUCCUACAACUACAGAAGGUGGAAAAUUGCGCAGGUUAUAAUGAUACCCAAACCAGGAAAACCGCCCCAUGA